AUGGCCAUGGACAACAAGACCGUGCGGGACGCGAUUCAGGUUCACGGAACCAACCCCCAGUUCUUGAUUGAAAAGAUUCUCAGGACUCGCAUCUACGAAUCGACCUACUGGAAGGAAUCCUGCUUUGGCUUAACCGAGUCGUCGAUUAUCGAAAAAGCGUACGAGUUGAAUUCGAUCGGUGGUCAGUAUGGAAUUCAAAAGCCAACAGAGUUUAUCUGCCUGGUCCUCAAGUUGCUCCAGCUCCAACCCCGAGAGGAGAUUGUGAUCAAGUACAUUACAGGGUUGACAGAGAACGAUAGCAACAAGUACUUGCGAGCAUUGGGAGCGUUUUACUUGCGACUUGUCGGGAAGCCUGUUGACAUUUACAAGAAUCUCGAGCCUUUGCUGGUCGAUGGUCGAAAGUUGAGGAAACGAGGCAACAGUGGCUACUCGAUUAUCCACAUGGACGAAUUCAUCGAUGAAUUGCUGCGGGAGGAACGUGUGUGCGAUGUGGUCUUGCCUCGCCUGACAAAGAGAUACGUCUUUGAGGAUACUGGAGAAUUGAACCCUAGGAUCAGCGCACUGGAGGCGGUGGAGAUGGAACUGGAACAAGAAAGGGAGGCAGAAGAGGCUGCGGCCCGUGAUGAGCGAGUCGCGUUCACGAUCACGGUCCCGCUCCCGUUCGCGCUCUCGCUCUCGGUCAAGAUCAAGAUCGAGAUCCAAGUCAGCCUCGAGCUCGCGGUCAGGAUCACGAUCAAGAUCUCGCAGUCGUUCGCCAGGACAGCCCAGACAACAGGAUCGCAGACGUUCGAGAUCAUUGUCAAAAAGUCGAAGCCAGAGCAGAAGCGGAAGUCGGAGCAGAAGUCGAAGCAGGAGCAGGAGCAAGAGCCGAAGCAGGAGCCGAAGCAGAUCACCAGAUCGUCGUAA